UUUGCUUGAAUCACAAUGGGAGAAAUGGCUGCUCAGAUUCCGACGAAUUUCGGCCACGAGCUCAGGGCUUGUCUUCGAUGCUGCCUCGUCAAAACCUACGAUCAGUCUAGCGAUUCUGGGUGCGGGAACUCUCCUUUCUUCAAGAUAGACAAGGAUCCUGAGCAUGUCGUCGAUGUUACUACCACCCCUAAUUUCAACGGAUCGUCACCCGCACUGGCAUCUAAAAAGAAGAUAAACGAACUCUCUCUGCUCUCUACUCGCUCUCGCUCUUGCUCGCGUUUUACAGAUUCUUCGAUCGGCGAAACCUAUCCAUCAUCUAAUCUCUGCAGAGCUGCUGUGCAGUAAUGGCUAGUCUCGAGAAGGAUCUUAUGUUCUUGAUUCUUCAAUUUCUCGGUGAAAAGAAGCACACGGAAACUGUUCACAGAUUGGAAUCGGAGUCUGGUUGUUACUUCAACAUGCGUUACUUUGAGGAACUUGCGACUCAAGGCAAGUGGGACGAAAUGGAGAAGUAUCUUUCUGGAUUCACCAAGAUCGAGGAUAACCUAGAGUCCACGCAGAUCUUCUUUCAAAUCCGAAAGCAUAAGUAUCUCGAAGCGUUAGAUAAGCGUGAUCAUGCUAAAGCCUUGGACAUAUUACGCAAGGAUCUGAAGGUGUUUGAAUUAGAUCUCUUCAAGGAAAUGUCACUGCUUUUGACAAUGGAUGACUUUAGAGCCAAUCCGAUACUCUCCACGUACGGGGAUACAACGUCGGCAAGGGGUCAUCUGUUCCGUGAAUUAGAGAAACUGAUAGAGGCUAAUCCACUUCUCCGCGACAAACUUCAGUUUCCUGUUUUGGCGGCUUCAAGGCUGCGUACUCUAAUCGACCAAAGUUUAAACUGGCAGCAUCAUCUAUGUAAGAAUCCUAUGCCAAAUCCUGACAUCGCAACUCUGUUUGUGGACCAUACUUGCGACCAACCGAUUGCUGAGCAAGCUUCAUCCCCUGCUAUAACUCAUUUCAUGGGUGGUGUUCCCAAUAUUACAGGGUUUCCCCCGAUGUCACCUCAUGUUGUUCCUGGAAGUGCAAAUGCAGGAAUAACUACGGCAGAUCAAGCUACCUCUUUGGCAGCUAGGAAGAAAAACGGAGUGCUAACUCUGGCUGAUGGGAAGUCCAGAACCUCUAAUGUUUCAAGUGAAGGACCUACACCCUGGAAAGUUACAGAGAUUACAGAGCCAUCUCAGUGCUACUCCUUGAGGCUCCCCGACAACGUGACAGACACGAAGGUUUCCAGAUUAAUCUACACAAAUUCUGGAUCUGGAGUAUUAGCCUUGGCAUCUAAUGCAGAGCACAAGUUGUGGAAAUGGCAGAAAAGCGAUGAUAAUUUGACUGGAAAGGCAACGGCUAAUGCACAUCCAGUAUUACGGAAACCUAAAAGUGGGAUAACGAUGAUUAAUGAGACAAGUGAUAAAAACCCGGAAGAGGCUAUUCCAUGUCUUGCACUCUCAAAGAAAGACGCAUUUGUUGUGUCAGCUUCAGGGGGGAAAAUCUCUGUGUUCAACAUGACGACCUUCAAGACUGAAAAGACAUACAUGCCUCCACCGCCUGCAGCAACUUUCCUUGCGCUUCUUCCUUCAGACAGUAAUAUCGUUGGCGUUGGCUUCGAGGAUUCAUCUAUCCAAAUCUACAAUCUUAAAACUAGCGAGGUGAUACACAUAUUAAAGGGUCAUGGGAACAGAAUAACAGGGCUUGCUUUCUCACUGGCUCUGGGCAUUCUAGUUUCUUCGAGUGCUGAUUCACAGGUGUGCAUUUGGAGCAUAGCUGGAUGGGAGAAGCGAAAUAGUAUGUAUAUGGAUACUCCAAGGGGAAGAUCAAGGCCGGCUGUUUCAGAUGUCCGAGUGCAGUUCAAUCAAAAUCAGAAUCAUCUGUUGGUGGUCAAUGAAGAGCAGAUAGCCAUUUACGAUGCCCAAAAACUGGAUUGGUUGAACACGUGGUUCCCACGCAAAGCGACUGGUCGAAGAAUCACAUCAGGUACAUAUUCAGCUGAUAGCCAGUCAAUCUUCGUGAGCUUUGAAGACGGUACUGUCAGUGUCCUCGCUGCGUUGAAUCUCAGACUGAGAUGUCGGAUUAAUCCAACAGCUUACAUGCCUUUGAACCCAAGCUUCGUAAGAGUACUGGUGAUCGCAGCACAUCCAUCGGAGAGUGACCAGUUUGCAGUAGGGCUCAGUAAUGGCCAUGUCUAUGUGGUUGAACCAUCGGAAUCAGAAGGAACAUGGGGAACCUCGCCUCCAGGCUCCACCUGACAACUUCAAAGUUUUGUAUAGUCUCUUUGCUUUGUAUAGACGUUUUGUCUUUUUUUGAUUUAACUCAAAAGAUGUCAAACCUGAGUUAGUUUUUUUUUUG